UCAUCUGCGUGCGCUGCCACGUCUCCUCAACUCCGCAAUAAUGGAGGCUGAGGUUGAGUGCUGACGGUGCCGGGUUCUGGCUCUGUAGUUAGCUCUGGCUCAGGAACUGGCUUGGGGUUUGGGUCUGCGUUUUGCAGCCCGAAGCCUGAACACCCUUUCUCGACUCUCUGACGUGAACGGCUUGCGGACAAGCAGCUGGUUGGUAGCACUUCAGCGCGGGGCGAUAGUUUUCUUACUCGGGGUCCAGCCUAUAAAGCCGCUGCCUCCUCUCAGGGAUCCAGCCCCACUGGCCGAGCCUCCUCCAUGCAGUUGAAACAGGUUGACAGCCAUUAACCUGGGUUGCAACUACAGGUGGCACUGGAAGCAGACUGGUUCCCGGACAUGCCCGGUGGAAGGAGGGGCCCUAGCCGGCAGCAGCUAAGCCGUUCAGCUUUACCUUCUUUACAGACUUUGGUUGGUGGGGGCUGUGGCAAUGGAACAGGCCUGAGAAACAGGAAUGGUAGUGCUAUUGGCCUUCCAGUCCCACCUAUCACAGCCUUAAUCACCCCAGGCCCUGUUCGUCAUUGCCAAAUUCCUGACUUGCCUGUGGACGGGAGCCUGCUCUUUGAAUUUCUCUUUUUCAUCUACUUGCUGGUUGCUCUGUUUAUUCAGUACAUCAACAUCUAUAAAACAGUGUGGUGGUAUCCUUACAAUCAUCCUGCUUCCUGUACUUCACUGAAUUUUCAUCUCAUUGACUAUCACCUGGCAGCAUUCAUCACAGUGAUGCUUGCAAGGAGGCUUGUAUGGGCCCUCAUCUCAGAGGCCACUAAGGCGGGUGCAGCAUCAAUGAUUCACUACAUGGUUCUGAUAUCAGCUCGCUUGGUGCUACUCACUUUAUGUGGAUGGGUGCUUUGUUGGACCCUCGUCAAUCUGUUUCGAAGCCAUUCAGUCCUCAAUCUCCUUUUCCUUGGCUACCCGUUUGGUGUUUAUGUUCCUCUCUGCUGUUUCCACCAAGAUAGUAGAGCUCAUCUUCUUCUCACAGAUUAUAACUAUGUGGUUCAGCACCAGGCGGUAGAGGAAAGUGCCUCAACUGUGGGUGGCUUGGCCAAAUCCAAAGACUUCCUCUCUUUAUUGCUGGAGUCCCUAAAAGAACAGUUUAAUAAUGCCACACCCAUCCCCACCCACAGCUGUCCCCUAUCUCCAGACCUCAUACGCAAUGAAGUAGAAUGUCUGAAAGCAGAUUUCAACCACAGAAUCAAGGAAGUCCUCUUCAACUCCCUCUUCAGUGCCUACUAUGUUGCCUUUCUCCCCCUGUGUUUUGUGAAGAGUACCCAAUACUAUGACAUGCGUUGGUCAUGUGAGCACCUCAUUAUGGUGUGGAUCAAUGCUUUUGUAAUGCUCACCACACAACUGCUGCCAUCCAAAUACUGUGAUUUGCUACAUAAAUCAGCUGCUCACCUGGGCAAGUGGCAGAAGCUGGAACAUGGAUCCUACAGCAAUGCUCCACAGCACAUUUGGUCAGAAAACACAAUAUGGCCUCAGGGGGUGCUGGUGCGACACAGCCGAUGUUUAUAUAGAGCCAUGGGGCCUUACAACGUGGCAGUGCCUUCAGAUGUAUCCCAUGCCCGCUUUUAUUUCCUAUUUCAUCGUCCAUUAAGGCUGUUAAAUCUUCUUAUCCUUAUUGAGGGCAGUGUCGUCUUCUACCAGCUCUAUUCCUUGCUGCGAUCGGAGAAGUGGAACCACACACUUUCCAUGGCUCUCAUCCUCUUCUGCAACUACUAUGUUUUAUUUAAGCUCCUCCGGGACAGAAUAGUAUUAGGCAGGGCAUAUUCUUACCCACUCAACAGUUAUGAACUCAAGGCAAACUAAGCGGCCUCUCAACAAUGAGGGAGAACUCAGAUAAAAAUAUUUUCAUACGUUCUAUUUUUUUCUUGCAAUUUUUAUAAAUAUUUAAGAUAUUUUAUAUUUUGUAUACUAUUAUGUUUUGAAAGAUGGGAAGGGUAAGGGAUAUUAAAUGUAUCCAUAAACAAGGUGAUGUGAUCUCUCAUGUGUUAGUAAUUUGAAUAUUAUACAUAGGAGAGGUGUACCUCUCUAGUAAAGAGAUUGGUGUGUUUGUAUGGCUCUGGAAUAACCUGUUCAUUUAUGGACACAUCUGUUACUCAACACAGUACCUUCAGUGUGUCUCCGUCCAGUUCUUUUCAUUAUCAUCAGUACUCACCUGGCCUUAUUGCUACAUAAAGGGAGAUCAGUGGAGCUACCUGGCAGCACUCAUUUUCUUUCUCUUCGGCUGGCCAACAGUGUGAGAAUACCUAGGGAAAAGACUGGCUUAAAGUUCUGGGUGGGGUUCUCCUUGAUGCAUUCUAGGAGGACGCAUUUCUGAGAUAGGGACUCAGCUGAUCAUUUGCUUGACCCUGUGACAUUUAAAUACAAUUUUGAAAAAUGUAUUUUCUUGAGGCUCAGGAUAUUGCUGUCACUUUCCCUAUUCUCCACCUCUUUUGCCCCCAAAUAUUUUCUUUUUACUGUUAGCCUAUUGAAAUAAUACUUUUGAAGACAGAAAGUCUUCAAAAUGUUCACACUCAAGAGGGAGAAAUGGUGUAUGGCUGAGUCAGUGGGAGAAAUGGUGCAGAUGCCAUGUCAGCUGGAGUUUGUGCAGGUUGAGGACUCUUAGUAGCUAGAAGAAUGGGUGAAUUCUCAGCCAGACUGUUUUGUCAGCAGCAAUCCACCUACAAGGACAUUAUGUUUGGAGAUGUGAGGGGAAGUAAAAUAGAAGUUAUUAACUUGUCCUCAAGAUACUUUCAUCUGUUUCCUAAAUGUGUGCAUUUAAUUUCACAUCCCGGAACCUUCAUUUGGUGAGCAUAAACCCUUUAAGUCAGUGUUCUUGGGAGGUUAAUACUUAGUCCAUUGGUGUUGCCACUAGUUACCCAAACUUCUGAGGGCUUGUCCUGAGAGCCUGAAAUAUAUUCUCUUA